AUGAAGAGGAAGAGGGACUCAUCGCAUGGAGAAGCGGCGGUCAUGGCCGAUAGAGAUGAUGUCGAGCUGUCACUAGGAACUGAAUUUGAAGUGUUCUUGAAUUUUAGAGGGCCUGACACUCGCCAGAGUUUUACUGAUUGCCUCUAUCACUCCAUGGAUGGAGCUGGGAUUCGUGUUUUCAGAGAUGACGAAGAGAUUAGAAAAGGCGAAGUGAUCAAAGGCGAACUAGAGCGUGCGAUUAAGAACUCCACAAUCUUUAUGCCCAUCUUCUCUAAAAAUUACGCGUGUAGUCCGUGGUGUCUUCGCGAGCUUGCAUUCAGGCUGGACUGCUCAAGAAAUAGAGAUGACAAUGCAAUAAUCCUACCGAUCUUCUUUGAUGUGGAUCCUGACGAUGUCAAACUCAAAACCGGGCCAUACCACGAUGCUUUGCAAAAACAUGAGCAGAAGUUCGGCAGCAAUCUAGUGCAGCAAUGGAAGAAGGUUCUGAUGGAGGUAGCUCAUAUCAAAGGAUGGGAUGUCAAAGAUACAGGCCACGGUGAACUCAUUAGAUCAAUUGUUGCUGAAGUUUUGAUCAAGCUGAAUAAAAGAGAAAAAAUUCUAGCCGAUCAUUUAGUUGGAAUUCAUGAUCGUGUUGAAGAUGUCAUGCACCUAUUAGAUGAAGGUUCUCCCGAUGUACGCUAUCUAGUAAUCCACGGCAUGGGGGGCAUCGGUAAGACGACUCUUGCCAAAGUCGUCUUUAACCAAAUUUCUAGUUGGUUUAAUGGGUGUAGCUUCCUUUCGGGUGUUCAAGAGGCUAUAAAGGAUGGCAAAAUUGUCCAAUUACAAAAGCAAUUAUUGUCAGAAAUUCUCAACUCCAAACCAAUGGAGAUUUUUGACUCCGAUGCAGGGAUUAACCACAUUAAAUGGAGAUUUCGCCACAAGAAAGUCCUUAUUGUUCUUGAUAAUAUAGAUGAGUGGGCCCAACUCUCUAUGCUUGCAGCAAAGGGUGAUUGGUUUGGUUUGGGGAGUAGAAUCAUUAUUACAACAAGGGACACCAACAAUCUGGCAAUCGAAGAGUACAAAGAUUAUCAAAUGAUAGAGUUGCAUUAUCACCACGCCCUUCAACUUUUUAGCAAGCACGCUUUCAAAAUGGAUUCCCCUCCACAUGACUAUGAUGAUAUUUCUUGUAAUAUUACUCACAUGACUGGUGGGCUUCCUUUGGCUCUUGAAGUUAUUGGUUGUUCUCUUUAUUGCAAAAGAAAGCCAAUAUGGAAAGAAACGUUGAAGAAAUUACAGUUAGCUCCCCACCAACAUAUCUUUGAUAUAUUAAAGAUUAGUGUUGAAAUGCUAAGUGAAGAACAAAGAGAAAUUUUUCUUGAUAUUGCUUGUUUUUAUGUUGGUGAAGAAAGAAUCUAUCCAUAUUAUAUGUGGAAAGCUUUGGACUUUUACCCAAAAAUUGAGAUUGAUUUCCUUAUUGGUAUGUCUUUGAUAAAGAUCGCUGAUCAUGAUAGACUAUUGAUGCACAACUUGCUUAGAGACCUUGGAAGAGAAAUUGUUCGACGAGAAGACCUCAAAGUUCCUAGGAAAUGUAGUAGACUUUGGCAACCCAAGAUUGCAUUGGAAGUAGUGAAGACUAGAAUGGGAACAGAGAACAUCGUAGCUCUCAAACUAACUGGACUUUCCAAAGAUCACAACUUUGCAAGUGAAGGCUUUUCAAGGAUGCCUAACUUAAGGUUGUUGGAAUUAGAAGGGGGAAACUUGGUAGGAGACUUUGAGAAUCUUUUCUCGAAUUUAAAAUGGUUCUCUUGGCAUCGUUGCCCUUCACAUUUGCAGGCAAUCAAUCUAUGUUUACAAAACUUAGUCGUGCUCAAGCUUUCAAACAGCGAAAUUCCUAAAAACUGGAAUGGAUGGGGCCCAUGCUUGGAAAAUAGUGACUUGCAAGUUAUACAUCUCAUGAGAUGCUAUCUCUCGACAACUCCUGACUUCUCAACAUGCCUAAAGUUGAGGAUAUUGGUUUUUGCUGAACAUUGUCCAGAGUCGCUACAAAUCAGUCCCUCUAUUGGUAAGCUAGAGCGCCUAAAGCGCUUGGAAAUAAUUGUAGCUGGAAUUCAACAGUCAAAGUUGUCUAGAAGCCCCCAUUUUGACUUGUGCGAAGUGCCUUCUACAAUAUGCCGUCUAAAGAACUUGUCAACUCUAAAGCUAGAAGGGCUGUCCAUGUGGGAGCUUGAUCCAUCUAUUGGAGAGAUGGCGGGCUUGGCAUGCCUGUCGUUGGUGCGUUGUGAUCGGCUUAGAAAACUUCCAGAUUCUAUUGGGAAAUUGAGAUUGCUCCUCGAAUUGGAUUUGUUCGACACAAGAAUUAGAGAGUUACCCGAUUCUAUUGGUGAUCUCAAAAUGAUGGAGAAAAUGCACCUGGGAUGCACUAAAAUAAGGAGUCUACCAAACUCCAUUGGAGGACUAGAAUCAUUGAAGCGCUUAUUAAUGACUUCAAGCAAGAUAAGAGUGUUACCCAAUUCCAUUGGAGAUCUCAAAAGCUUGGAGGAAUUGGACCUAAAGCAGACUCAAAUAAGGGAGCUACCAAACACCAUUGGAGGACUAGAGUCAUUAAUAUACUUAUGCUUGUCCAAUACAAAGAUUACUGCGUUGCCUGCAUCUAUUGGAUAUCUUAAAAGAUUGAAUUCCUUAUUUAUGAAUCUCAGCAAGAUAAGAGAGUUACCCAAUUCUAUUGGAGAUCUCAAAAGCUUGAAGAAUAUGGACCUGGCAAGCACUCAAGUAACGGUGCUACCAAACUCCAUCGGAGGACUGGAAUCUUUACUUUACUUAGACUUAUCGGAUUUAGAGAUUACCGAAAUGCCUGCUUCUAUCGGAUGCCUUAAAAUGCUAAAUUAUUUAGACAUGAGACGGAGUAAGAUACGAGAGCUACCAAAGGCCAUUGGGAUGUUGGAGAAUCUUGAAAAGUUGGCGUACAAUGGUAGUAGAAAUAUGGACAUGAAAUGGCCUCCUAAGCUUUCAAAACUAUGGAUAUCUUCUAGUGAUGAUCCUCAAUCUCUUACACUGCCUCCUCAGCUUUCGUUCUUUUCCAUAGGUUGUGAUGAUGCUCGAUCUCUCCGCAUCCCCACCCCACCCCACCCCACGAGUGGCCCCCGCCUCCGGAGGGGAGCGCCCGAGCCACGCGGCCGGCGGAGGAGGCGCGAGCGAGGACGGAAGGCGGAGGCGGCCGAAGCGGCGCGGCGGCCGUGGAAUCUGAGGCCGAAGAGGGCGGUGAACCCUCCGCCGCUGUCGUUGAGGAAUGGCGAGGCGUUUCACGACGCCGCGUGCGGCGCGCUCGGCGGGGACAAGGAGAAUUACGCCGUGCAGCAGCAGCAGCAUUUGCAGCCGCAGCCGAAAUCCGUGCGGAGGAGAUCGAGGAGGACAUUUUCAUCUGCUUGCCUGGAGGCCAAGGAGGAGGCCCAAGAAUGA